UUGGGUGAACACGUUCGCCUCUUUCCUAGGACUGCGAAAGCGUGCUAAUAGAAUAAAAAAAAUGAUCCCUCGUUCGGGGAGUUUGCCGAAGGGAUCCUUCUUGGUACUCUUCGUGGGCUCGAUCGUGGCGUUGGCCUGCGCCAGAGAUAUCCCACGAAGUUUGGUGAGUGAUCUUGAGGCCGCUGCAUCCGGUCACCAUUACGAGAAGGGUGGUGGGGACGAGCACCAUUCGGAUCAUUGGUCGAAACACGGUGAUAAGGGUGACAAGGGCUACAAGAGUCAUCAUGAUCACGAGAAAGGAAAAAAGGGGCAUUUCGAUAAAGAAGAUCAUCACGGUCACUACGACGAACACGAAGGUCACAAAAAGCACCAUCAUCACGAUGAUGGCUAUUUUGGCGAACAUCACAAGGGGGAGAAGGGAGAAAAAGGUCACAAAUUCCACGAGAAAGGCAGCUAUGGCAAAGGUCAUCACACCAAAGGUCAUCACGAAGUGAAGAAACUCGACGAAUACAAAAAGGACAAAGAAUUUCACGACGAGCACCACGACUCGGGUCAUCAUGAGAAACACGGCGGUCACCAUCACGAGCACAAACAUAAAAAAGGUGGACAUCACAAAGCGGGACAUCACAAGGGCGGUCAUCAUGAGGAUCAUUAUGGAAAGAAAGGUCACCACGAGAAGGGCCAUCAUUACCAUGACCACAAGGGCCAUAAAGAAGCUGAUGGACACGACGACCACUACAAACAUCAUCAUGGUUAUGGCAAAAAAGGAGGACACGAAGACGAGAAAAAGUGGUCUUUCAAGAAAGGUCAUUGAGUCCAGAAGGAACCACCAGCUGAUUCAGUCAGAGUACACCGCUCCCUUGUUUCGUCGAGAAUUUUUUGUGAAUGAGACUACU